AUGAGCGGAACCCCAUUGAGUGCUGCAGUGGGUGUUGGGUUGGCAGCUGGGUCCAGUGCUGGGGACGCCACAGGCAGCAGAGCAGCAAGUAGCAUGUCUGAAUCCGCCCCGCUCAGCUUUACAGGGGAGCCUAUGGGUGUGGGAGUGUCACCUGUGGGUGUAGCGUUGAGUUCUUCGAUGGGUGCUGGGUUGGCUGCUGGGUCGGCUGCUGGGUCGAGUGCUGGGGCCUCCACAGGCAGCAGAGAAGCAAGUAGCAUGUCUAAUUCUGGGCCUAUCAGCCUUACAGGGGAGCCUGUGCGAGUGGGAGGGCCACCAGUGGGGGUGGGAGUGUCACCAGUGGGUGUAGCGUUGAGUGCUGCGAUGGGUGCUGGGUUGGCUGCUGGGUCGAGUGCUGGGGGCGACACAGGCAGCAGCGCAGCAAGCAGCAGGUCGAAACCUGGCCCGCUCAGCCUUACAGGGGAGCCCGUGGGUGUGGGAGUGUCGCCUGUGGUUGUACCAUUGAGUGCUGCGAUGGGUGCUGGGUUGACUGCUGGGCCGAGUGCUGGGGACGCCACAGGCAGCAGCGCAGCAAGCAGCAUGUUGAAACCCGGCCCGCUCAGCCUUACACGGGAGCCGGUGGUUGUGGGAGUGUCACCUGUGGAUGUAGUGUUGAGUUCCUCGAUGGGUGCUGGGUCGAGUGCUGGGGGCGCCACAGGCAGCAGAGCAGCAAGCAGCGUGUCUAAAUCUGGCCCUCUCGGCCUCACAGGAGAGCCUGUGGGUGUAGCGUUGAGUGCUGCGAUGGGUGCUGGGUUGACCGCUGGGCCAGGUGCUAGCAGCAUCGUCACCGCACAGACUGUAGCGUUGAGUGCUGCGAUGGGUGCUGGGUUGAGUGCUGAGGGCGCCACUGGCAGCAGCAGCAUCACCGCAGAGACUUCAGCAGUCAAAACCACCUCGAUGUUUGGAGCAGCUAAGGCAGCAGCAGCAGCAACCGCUCCUACUGCUGAAAAUACCACUGCUGGUGGUAGUUUGAAUGCCAAUGCCACACCAGAGACUGCUACUGCUAGUGCUAGCAGCAUCAUCACCGCAGAGACUAAGUUCGGCAUUCCCAAGAGUGGGAGCGAAACCAAAUUGACUGCUGUAAUGGGUGCUGGGUUGACCGCUGGGUCCAGUGCUGGGGGCGCCACAGGAAGCAGAGAUGCAAGCAGCAUGUCUAAAACCGUGCCUCUAAGCCUUUCAGGGGAGCCCGUGGGUGUGGGAGGCCCACCUGUGGGUGUAGUGUCGAGUGCUGCGAUGGGUGCUGGGUUGACCGCUGGGUCCAGUGCUGGGGACGCCACAGGAAGCAGAGCAGCAAGCAGCACGUCGAAAUCUGGCCCGCUCAGCCUUACAGGGGAGCCCGUGGGUGUGGGAGGGUCACCUGUGGGUGUAGCGUUGAGUGCUGCGAUGGGUGCUGGAUUGACCGCAGGGGCAGGGGCAGGGGCGGGAGCAGGGACAAAGGCAGGGGCAGGGGCAGGGGCAGGGGCAGGGGCAGAGGCUGGGGCAGGGGCAGGGGUAAGGGCAGGGGCAGGGGCAGGGGCAGGGGCAGGGGCAGGGGCAGGGGCAGGGGCAGGGGCAGGGGCAGGGGCAGGGGCAGGGGCAGGGGCAGGGGCAGCGGCAGGGGCAUGGGAAGGGGCAGGGGCAGGGGCAGGGGCAGGGGCAGGGGCGGGGGCAGGGGCAGGAGCGGAGAAGUCAAGCAAGUCAAUGGCUUCAACCGUGUCUUCUGUGUUCCGGUCCAUGUCUUCUAUGUUUCGUGGUGCUGCCACCACUGAUGCCGGGACUGCUAGCACCAUCAUCGCCACAAGAUCUUCAGCAGCAGACACCGCUGAUACUGCUGAACAUGCAACUGCUGAAAAUACCACUGCUGGUGGUAGUUUGAAUGCCAAUGCCACUUCUGGUGUUGCUACUGCUAGUGCUAGCAGCAUCGUCACCGCAGAGACUGUAGCGCUGAGUGCUGCGAUGGGUGCUGGGUUGAGUGCUGAGGGCGCCACUGGCAGCAGCAUCGUCACCUCAGAGACUUCAGCAGUCAAAACCACCUCGAUAUUUGGAGCAGUGAAGGCAGCUUCAGCAGAAACCGCUCCUACUGCUGAAAGCGCCACUGCUGCUGGUGGUAGUUCCGAUGCUGCUGCUGCCGCCGCUGCUGCUGCUGCUGCUACUGCUGCUGCUGCUACUGCUGCUGCGGUGGCUGCUGCUGCUGCUGCUGCUGCUACUGCUGAAAGCGCCCCUGCUGCUGGUGGUAGUUUGAAUGCCAAUGCCACUUCUGGUGUUGCUGCUGCUAGUGCUAGGAGCAGCAUCACCGCAGAGACUUCAGCAGUCAAAACCACCUCGAUAUUUGGAGCGGUGAAGGUAGCUUCAGCAGAAACCGCUGCUACUGCUGAAAGCGCCACUGCUGCUGGUGGUAGUUCCGAUGCUGCCGCUGCCGCUGCCGCUGCUGCUGCUGCUGCUUCUGCUGCUACUGUUGCUGCUGCUGCUGCUGGAAACACCACGUCUGCUGGUGCUGAGACGGAAAGCAUCACCAUCACAGAAACUUUAGCAGAAGAAACCGACACCACUCUGAAACGUGGUUCAGAAGCCGCAUCACGAGCCCUUUCAGACGUGUCUGAAGUCAAUGCUCGGGCGAAAUCCGGCCCUCUGGACAAGUUGGGCAUUUUCGAGAGAAUGAGCGGAACCCCAUUGAGUGCUGCAGUGGGUGUUGGGUUGGCAGCUGGGUCCAGUGCUGGGGACGCCACAGGCAGCAGAGCAGCAAGUAGCAUGUCUGAAUCCGCCCCGCUCAGCUUUACAGGGGAGCCUAUGGGUGUGGGAGUGUCACCGGUGGGUGUAGCGUUGAGUUCCUCGAUGGGUGCUGGGUUGGCUGCUGGGUCGAGUGCUGGGGCCUCCACAGGCAGCAGAGAAGCAAGUAGCAUGUCUAAUUCUGGGCCUAUCAGCCUUACAGGGGAGCCUGUGCGAGUGGGAGGGCCACCAGUGGGUGUGGGAGUGUCACCAGUGGGUGUAGCGUUGAGUGCUGCGAUGGGUGCUGGGUUGGCUGCUGGGUCGAGUGCUGGGGGCGACACAGGCAGCAGCGCAGCAAGCAGCAUGACUGAAUCUGGCCCUCUCAGCAUUCCAGGGGAGCCCGUGGGAGUGUCACCUGUGGGUGUAGCGUUGGGUGCUGCCACGAUGGGUGCUGGGUUGACCGCAGGGUCCAGCGCUAGGGACGCCACAGGCAGCAGAGCAGCAAGCAGCAUUUCGAAAUCCGGCCCACUUAGCCUUACAGGGGAGCCUAUGGGUGUGGGAGGGUCACCUGUGGGUGUAGCGUUGAAAAGCAUCACCAUCACAGAAACUUUAGCAGAAGAAACCAACACCACUCUGAAACUUGGUUCAGAAGCCGCAUCACGAGCUCUCUCAGACGUGUCUGAACUGAAUGCUCAGGCGAAAUCCGGCCCUCUGAACAAGUUGGGCAUUCCCAAAAGUUUGAUCGGAACCCCAUUGAGUGCUGCAAUGGGUGCUGGAUUCAGUGCUGGGUCGAGUGCCGGGGACGCCACAGGCAGCACAGCUGCCAGCAGCAUGUCUGAAUCUGGCCCGCUCAGCCUUACAGGGGAGCCGGUGGGUGUGGGAGGGUCACCUGUGGGUGUGGGAGUGUCACCUGUGGGUGUGGGAGUGUCACCUGUGGGUGUGGGAGUGUCACCUGUGGGUGUGGGAGUGUCACCUGUGGGUGUGGGAGUGUCACCUGUGGUUGUACCGUUGAGUGCUGCAAUGGGUGCUGGGUCGAGUGCUGGGGACGCCACAGGCAGCAGCGCAGCAAGCAGUAUUUCGAAAUCCGGCCCGCUUAGCCUUACAGGAGAGCCUAUGGGUGUGGGAGUGUCACCUGUGGAUCGACCUGAGGAGAUCACGACUAGCUCGGGAUUGAAACUGGGGGGAGGCCAAGGGGGAGAGGAAGCAGCAGGGGAAGGGAAAGAGGCAGACGGAGGGGAAGCGGCAGGGGGCGUGGAAACGACUGAGGGAAGGGAAAGGGCAGGGGGAGGGGAAGAGGCAGGGGGAGGGGAAGCAUCAGAGGGGAGGGAAGGUGCAGGAGGAGGGGAACGGGCUGAGGGGGGGGAAGGGGAGGAGCGAAAGGGAGCAGGAGGGCUCAGCGCGUCUUCUGGUGCUGAAGGGAUUAGUGUUGCUUCUGGUGCUGAGGGGAUUAGUGUUGCUUCUGGUGCUGAAGGGAUUAGUGUUGCUUCUGGUGCUGUUGCCGCAGCUAGGACAGAACACGGAAUCGAAGGGCUUAGUGUCGCAUCUGCUGCUGGUGCUGAAGCUAAGACUGUGUAUGGAACUGAAGGGCUUAGCACAGCUUCUGGUGCUGGUGCGGAAGGGAUUACUGUUACUUCUGUUGCUGGUGCUGAAGGGAUUAUUGUUACUUCUCUUGCUGGUGCUGAAGCUAAGGCUGUGUGUGGAACUGAAGGGCUUCGCAUAGCUUCAAGUACUGAUGCUGAAGGGAUUACUGUUGCUUCUGGCGCUGGUGCUGAAGCUAAGGCUGAAUAUAGAAGUGAAGGGCUUACCGUUGCCUCUGGUGCUGUUGCUGAAGGGCGAGCAGUGGUUGCUAUUGCAGGGGGGCUGUUUCUGUUGGCAAUCGGGGCUACCAUUGGCAAUGCGCGCAGGAAGAGCAGAAGGCUGACGAAACCAGUGUAUCAUGAGGUGAGACCGGGUGACACCGUGUGUGCAAUUGCCGACAAGUACUGUCUUCACCCCGACACGGUUAUUGAUGCUAAUGAGGGGAGGGUGGCCGAGGACCCAGAUAUAAUAUUUCCCGGCGAUUUGAUCUUCAUUCCGAAGUAG